AGUAAACGUCGGCGCUGACAACACACUGUGCACGAUGGAACAGUUGCCAGGUAAGAAGGGACGCGCAUAAACGUCAUAAACCACCAACCGACCGACCACUUGUUCUACAGUAAGAGUGAGAGGUACAUUUUUGUAGGGCCUAUUACUAUUAUCGAGUUGCACCGAGCUUUACAAAACAAAAAGUAAAGUUUAUAAUUUUAUUGCACGUUAAAUAAAACUAAAAAUAGCCUAUUGAUGCACCGCUUAACAAAUUACGCUGCAGUAGACCUAACAGACACUUAAUAUUUUUAAAAAAAUUAAAAAAAAAAACAUUUAAAAAAUAAGAAAAUAAAAUGCAAGAAACAAGUAAAUUUAAUUUUUUUUUUUUUUUUUUUUUUUUUUUUAUUUAAAUUUUUUUAAUUCUUAUCUUACUAACUUACUAUUCUUAUCUUACUAACUUACUAUUCUUAUCUUACUAACUUACUAUUCUUAUCUUACUAACUUACUAUUCUUAUCUUACUAACUUACUAUUCUUAUCUUACUAACUUACUAUUCUUAUCUUACUAACAUACUAUUCUUAUCUUACUAACUUACUAUUCUUAUUAUGAAACUUGAAUGGCUCCAAAUUUCAAAACCUUUUAAAAAGCCCAUAAACUCGUAAACCUAAUUUCAUUCGUCGACGUACUGAUUUUACCAGGACUAGGACUGUAAUGCUUUUUGAUGGACCUUUGUUCUGGUUUUAGUGAGCUGAAACCAGUAGGCCUACAGUUUAAGACUACAUAAUUAUUUUAACAAUAAUAAUUUUAUAAUUUAUCAAAAGAGUGCAUGUCAUAUUCAUGCAUAAAUUUUAAUUAAUAAGUGACCCAAAUAAACGAACUUUAAAUUGAAUCUAAAUUGGCUGGCAUCGCGAGCUUUUUUUCCCCUCCAAAAUAUCACCUCACUGACAGAAAAUCUUUUUUUGAUUUUGUAAUCGCAAAUAUGUUAUUAUUUUUUUGUUGAUGCCUAUUAAUUAUUAUACCCAUGGCACCAAAGAUGUUAAAUUUCCUGAUUUUAAAUUUGAAAAUGUUACAAUGUUAUGGUUUUACACAAAAAAAUCGUAACAUUGGCCCUCAACCUUUCUAAUGCCGCGACCCUUUAAUACAGUUCCCAAUGUUGUCUUGUGGUGACCCCCAACAAUAAAAUUAUUUUCGUUGCCACUUCAUAACUAUAGAGCAGCGGUUCUCAAACUGUGGGUCGCGACCCCUUUGGGGGUCGCGGGACUCUUUUCCAGGGGUCGCCUAAGACCAUCUGAAAACAUAUAUCCUUACACCUAUGACGUAGCAACGAAAAUAAUUGUGUGGCUGGGGGUCGCCACGACACGAGAAACUGUGUUAAAGGGUCGUGGCACUAAAAAGGUUGAGAACCACUGCUAUAGAGUAUGUGUUUUCCGAAGGUCUUAGGCGAACCCUGUGAAAGGGUCGUUUGACCCCCCAAAGAGAUAAAAGCUUAUAAUGUGAUUUAAAAAAAUGAACACUUGCAUGCAGUGCCGUCUUAAGGCAUGGGCCCAGUGGGCGCUUGUAGGGGCCCCACGUUUUUUAGGAUACUCACUCUUAUAGAGCCAUUAUGUUUUUACAAAUUGUUAAUGAAUAUCGUAAGAUUUUGACAAUUUAAUUGGAUUAAAAUUCCUAAUUUUAAACAAAGAUAUAUAUUAGCACAUUCCAAAAUUAAUAUUAUAAAUGCGAAUCAAAAUUUGACAAUUUAAAAACCUUUAAAGCAGGGCUACCACACCUUGGGAAAUUUCCCAAGAUCUUGGGAAUUCACGACCCCCCUUGGGAUCGGGGAAUAAUUUUGAAAAUCAGGCAAAACCUUGGGAAAUCUUAACUGGGGCAAAAUUUUAUUAUAUUUUUCGAAAAAAAAACGCAGCAAUAUGUGAUAAAAAAUAAAGUGAAAAUAAAGCAAAAUAAUUUUUAAAGUAACAAGGCAAAAAAUUAAUUGUUUUCAUUUUCUUUUCUGGUUUUAAUUUUUAAAUCCACUCAUCAAAUAAAUAAAAACUCUUCUGAUGUUAAAGUUAAUAUUAUUGUGAAUUGUUAAAAAGUUAAUAGUUAAGGAAAAAUUCAAUUUUCUCUUCUUUUUUUAACAUUGAAGAUUUACAAAUUACAUCCAGGUUUUUGUUUGUGUAUUAACAGGGGGGGGGGGGGGGGGGGGUGGGCUGGGAAACUUUAUCAUUUGGCUAAUAUUAGACAUUAGUAACCAUACGAAAAACAGUACAAGCCGAAGAGUGAUCGAUGUCGAUAGUGAUAGUGAUAGUGUUCAAUCAAGAAUCCAUGCCAAAGUAAAAUUUGAUUAUUUCAAUUACUUCUACAUUGUGUUCAAAAUAUAAUGCAUCUGUAAAAAAUCCAGCCUAAUUUUCAUCAAUUGGAAAAAAAUAUUUGUGGAUUGAAACACAGGUAACUAAGAUAUUAAAAGUAAAAGUAUAGGCCUGCGUUGUAGGAUUAUAAAUGAACAAUACCUUUAAAAGUAAAAGUAUUUUUUUGUUGUUGAAAAAAUCGUUAUAAUGUAAAUUUACAAGAAAAAAAAUAAAAUACUUAUUGUUUUCAUAAUAAUAUCAAUCCAUUUUAACUACAAUUAUUUUUAAUAAAUUUUGCUUCAUUGCUUUGCAAACACCACUUCUAAUCAACACUAGUCAACAGACUUACAAUAAGAAAAAUUAUUUUUUGAUGAAGAACCUUUUGCCCUUGUAAAAUGAUUAAAACAGAGUAGGGUUAAACCUGAAAAAAAUAAACGCAACAAAACAGCGAACAUGUCGGCAGAAAGCCUUCGUCAGCGAACAAAACAACAGAAAAAACGAUAUAAAAAUAAACUAUGUACUAACCUGAUUGCAGUCUCUCCCCUUAUUUGCCCUUAUAAAAGGAAUUCUGUGUUGAUUAGCCUUGUAAGCUUUGUUUCCUAGUGACUUCUAUUACACAUGUAUUGUAGAUGAUAUUUGUACCAGAGAAUUCGGAGGUAAUAUUUAGUAGCCUAACUCCAGUGGGUAUUGAUAUUUUGGUUUUAUAAAUUAUUUUUUUUAAAACAAAUUGUUUGUUUCUUUUACUUUUAUGUGAUAAAAACUUUUUAAAAUGUCUUUUUCAAUAAAUUUCAGUCAAUUAAUGUACCAUGUUUUUCAGAGGCAUUAUUCAAUCUAUUAUUACAUUAAUUACAUAGAAAAAAACAACCUUUUUUAAAAGGCUGCAUCUAUAGGUACCCGGGUACCUAUGGUUGCCAAUGACAAUUCGCACCCGGAGUGGCUCCGUACAUAUUAAAUGGCUUCGGAGCCGAAUGUGAUAACAAUAAUAGUAUGAGAAUUAUUUUUUGAAAUUGUUUUUUCUCCAUGUUUAUUUGAUUGAUUCAUAGUUUUAUUAUUUUUAGUUGUUUUUUUAUUUUUGCUUUGUUAAUUUCUCUUAGUACCGGUAGAUUUUUUUUCUUUCUUAUUUUCUUUUUUUUAGUUUAAGCCAUUUUCGGAGAUCAAUUAUUUUUUUUUUUAAAUCUAGUAAUGAAGAUGAUUUAGAUACAUUUAUUGUUUUUAUUUGAAUUUUAGAAAAGUAAUAAUAUUAAUUUAAUUAAUAAAAUUAAAUCCUUUAAGAUUAUUUAUGUGUAUUGUUUAAGUUAAAAGAUUUAAUCACACAGUACUUUAUGAAUUAAUUAGGUAUUCUAAAUAAUGAAAAUUUCAUUCAUAAUGAAUUUAUUUCAACUAUUCCUCUAGAGAGCUUGGCUUAGUCAGAGCAAAACUACCAAUUUUAAACCUUUUCCUUGGCACUGGGAGUCAUACAUGCGGACACUAACUGUUAUUCCUGAUAUCUUGAAUCUCCUUUCAACAACCUUUCUCAUUUGACUUGACCUAAUUCACAAGGUAGUUGCAAUGAACAUCUUAAAGUUAAAGGAUGCCAUUGUAUAAAGUAUGAGAAGGAGACUUAUUUUUGGAGGACUAGUCUUUUUUUUUUUUUACCAUAUCUGUCUGCUGGGUCUAACACACUGGUAUAUAAUUUAAUAGAAAAAAAACCCUUAACUGACUUGCAAACAUUUUUGUUUGGUUGUUAGUUAUUUGAGUUGUGUACUCGUAAUCCAUAAAAUAAAUUAGGGGCCAGUAUGGAGUAGGCAGCCAUUAUACUCACUCAAUUAGGUCACAUUAUUCCUUUGCCAUUUGUCUCCUUUUACUUUCUCACCUUCCUUGUUGGUACCCGUACAGUUAACUAUUUUUUGUACUGUAUCAUUUCUUCAUUUAAGUACAGACGUAAUGAUUGAGUGGGAGCAAAUAUAUGUGAUCUGUGAAGGGAGUUUGGUUUCAAGGCAACUAAGUCAUGUCACAUUGAAAAUAAAAUACUGAUAACCUAAAUAAAUAGAGCCAUUGAAAAAAAUACAGUACAUACAAACCAUACACAAACAGAAAGACAAAAAUCCACUAAAUUAAAAAAAAAAUUUGUUGUGACUUUUAUUGCAAAAAAUUAAACAUUUAAUACCAAUUUUGACUUAACGCAAAAUGAUUAAAAACAAAUUUGUAUUGCAUUGUAUUGUAAAUUAUUGUUCUGUAUUGUAAAUGAAACUUGGCAUACAUAUUAAGAAUAACAUUGACAAAAAGUUUAAAGAAGAUUAUUACACAGCAGUUAUUGGAAUUGUUACAAAUGGCAUGUAUGUGGGGGCCACAUAAAUAUUUGAGAACUCUUCAGGGGUAGCAAAUGUAAAAAUGUUAUAAAACUUUCUAGUUGGAUAUAUAUAUAUAUAUAUAUAUAUAAAAACGUCUUGAAUUUCGUAAAGAAUAUCUAUGAAAAGAAGCAUGCAAUGUUUGAAGGCUGUAGCUAGAAUACUUUUCCUCCCGAUUCAUUUGGCGUUCCUUAAAAAUCCGGAAAAUGCAAAAUUGAGAAAAAUGAAAAAAAAUAUAAAUAAUAAAAUUGUGUUUUUUUAAAUUAGAGGCUGCAUGAACGAUAUAGGAUGCAUACACCAUGUACAUAGAUCCUUCAUGAUUUAAAAAAAACAAUUAGAAAACUAAGACAGAAAAGAUAGGAAAAAAAAUUAACACACGAACCUAAUAAAUAAAAUGCAUAAAUACAAACAUUCUCUGAAAACUUUUCCUAUGAGACAUUUGUUUAAAAACAAUCCAUCAUAAAGUAAAGAAUCUCAAUUGAAAUAAGCAUGCAAAGUUUCAAUUAUGUAGUUCCAAAACUAUUCCUCCUGAUUCAUCAAUUGAUGUCAAGAAAAAAUAUAAUGAAAAUGCUAUAUCUAUAAAAGCUGAAAAAGACACUGAAACAACAUUGAUGCAUACAUCAUGAACACAUCCCAAAAAAUUAUUGUUAGGUUGUAAGACAAAAUUUGGUAACAAAUGAAAGAUAAUUGAAUGGACUACAUGUUUGUAAACUUAAUUCUUCAGUUUAACUAAAGGAACAUUAACUAAAAUAAAUUACCACAAAUGACAUCCGAAUAGCAUUGGUCUAUUGGACCCGGGUUUGAAUAGCGAGAGCCAUUUAUUUACAAACAUUCACAUCUUUAUUUUAUACAAGCAGUGGAAAAUUGUUGGGGCAGCUAUCUUUUUCUUUUCAGGGUAAAAUUUUGCUUUACCUUCGGUCGCCCCUUUGGGCGAACUCUGUCAAGGUUAAGCUUCCCAAAGGAAUUAAUACUAUUUUCAGUUUCAAUUUUUUCUAAAUUAUUUGCAGCAACUGUUUCCUCGUGGGAAAAAUGAAUGUCAUUUAUAUCAACAAAAUCAAUUAGUUGACUUUGAAUGAAACUUGUUUGUGGUUCACCUUCAUCAAGUUGUGACCCCGAUUCAUUUUCAUCUAAAUUUUCAGGACUUUUCCAGAGACUUAUAGUAGUUUCAAGAAAGGAUAUUUUCUCUACAAAAUCUUGUUCUCCUUGCAUCGCCAAAAAAUUUGCCAAGCCCAUACAAAUUCUUUUAGCAUGAUUAAACCGACCCUCUUGAGUCUUAAAAUUAUUGUUUCUAGUAGAUACAAUUUGAGAAGUUACUGAACCACUAGAAGUAGAAGCAACCACUCUAGGAACACUAUGUUUGCUAAAACGGCAUGGAAUUAACUCUGAACAAAAUUCUGGAAGCUGUAAAUGUCUUCGAACUGAAAAAAUAUGUCUGCAAGGUAAUGCCAUCUUUUUAGCAAAUGAACAAUUACAUUGAACUGAUGUUGAGCUAAAAAUACGUUCCUUAUAAGCUACUGAAAAAAGUUCUGCCUCUCCAGGGACAACAGAGUACGGAACAGAUCGUGACAAUUUGAGCUGAUUGAGCAAUAGAGCAGCAGCAAAGGAAGUAGCAACACUUUCAAUCUUAUUUACACUUUCAUCAUUAUCAGAUGACGUAUACUGAGCUGUGUUUGCAGCAAGCAAUCUUAAACGAUCACAUACUGUAAUUUUGCAGUUGUCAAAAGACAUAAGGUUACGAAGAGCAGAUGAAAAAGAAAGAUAAUGAGUCAAACUCUUUUUUAUUUUGGCAUGAUAAGACUCCAAGUGUUUUGUUUUUGUCGCAUGGAGUCUUAAAACAUCAGCGUUGGAUGAUGCUGCCCAUAAAUGGGCCUUACUCCACCAGUUCGACUCAAAAUACUCCAAAGCUACAUAAGGAAGAGUAUCUUUCAUGUCUUGCAUCAACUUUAAAAAUUCAUCACACGACUCGGUAUAAACUUGAGACAUAAAUCCUUCAAGAAUUGGCUUAACAUGCUCAGGACCUGCAUGUUUCGAAAGAAAUCUGUGCACGUCCUGGUUAAUGUGAAAAUGACAUAGAUUAACAGGUACAUUUGGAAAGAGAUCAUUUAUAGCAGAGAUUUCAGCCAUGUCUUUGUCAACCACAAAGCACUUGAAAAGACUGGCAUCAGAAUUCUUGAGAAGAAGCUGCAAAGAGAAAUAGAUUCCUUAUCUUCAUUUUUUACAAAACCAUGAAGAACAGGAAUGCCCCUGCCCUCUCCAUCAAUAACCAUUACAGUCAAAAGUGGAUAUAAAUAUUUAUUGGUUUUAUAUGUGAAAUCCAUUAAUAAAACCUCUGGAUAUUGGGCAAUAAUUCUAAUCAUAUCAUCAGUCAUGUAUGAUAAAUACUUAAAUUCCCCACUUUCUGUUAGUCCAUAGGACACACUUCCACCAGCUUGUGAUAUAGAAUGAAGUAUAGAUUAAGUUUCAGUUGCAUCAGAAGAUGAUUUAUUUAUUCUUGACUUCAUAUUGUAAAUAUCCCUGGGAAGCAAAUCCACAUCAUGCUGUUGUUCAAGCACUUGCCGGGCCUCAGAUGCCUGAAUCGUGGUGCAGGACAUCAACAGAAGCGUUGCUGCAUUUAGUUCCACCUUGCGGUUUUCCGGAUACAAGCGGCACAUCUGGAAAAAAAAUACACAAAGGUUACUUUGCAAUAAUAAGUAUUAUGUAAAAAAAUAUGCUCUGCAAACAUUAUUAUUAUUAGUGGUCUUAUAAAAGGUUCCCUUUAAGCUGCGCUGCCGCGCAGCCAUCUCACAGGCGCUGCGCAGCAGUUUUGAGUAUCCGCACAGCAAAUUUCAUUCUAAGUGUGUGUUUGUGUUUCUGGACUGUAAAAUUUUGCACACAAAAAAAUUGAUGCUGUAAAACUUUGCACAUAACUGUAUGAUUUUGCACACAAAACAACAAACCUUAGAGGGAACAUUGGUCUUAUAUAGUGCGGUACCCCAGCCUAGGGCUAGGCUCACCGCUGUGUACAUAAAAAUAACUAACCUUCACCUUGGGGAUAAAUGUUUUGUUUAUUAUAUGUCACAAUAAUCAAAAUUAAGAUAUAAAACUUUGUUUGGACUAUUUAGAAUUUAUUAAAUUUAAUUAUACUGUUAAAUAGAUUUGUCUUAAUUUUUUUCAAAACCUUUCUAUGGUAAGGGUGGUAACCCUAACCUUAACCAAAAGUUUUCAGUGAUAAAAUUUCUGAGCGCCCUAGAUUGAAUGGGUUAAUGAAUGGUACAAAACAUUCUUUUAAAAUGCAUCCAUCUAACCUCUAUAGUACUAGAGACUAGAGUACCUGUAGGUGACAACAACCUGCCACAAGAAUAAGCUAUUUAUUAUUAUUAUGUAAAUAUUUUUCGCAGCACAUGCACUUACUUCUUUUGAUACUUCAUGGCCAGUAUGUUCAUGCAUUGAUUUGGUAAUUUCUAGCCGAGAUGGAUUUCUCUUGGCAACAAGCUUUAUCUUUGCCUGGCAUCCCAAUUUGAAAGAACUGAAAAAUAUAAAAAUUCUCAACGAAUUGCCAAAAGUGGUAAGGGCUAAUGUAGAGCACGAAUGCCACGGCGUCAUUUGCUUCUUUAUUAUAGUUGCAGUGAAUUAGGGUUUAGGUUAGGUUGAGAGGUCGAUUUAGGGUUCAGGUUAGGCAUAGCAUAGUGAUUGAUUUAGGGAUACAUUAGUCGCGGCCAUCAAUAAAAUAGUGGCAUUCGCCCUCUACAUUUACCGUGGUAAUAACCAUUGGCUUGGAGAAAGAAUAAUUACAUGACAAGACCAACUAAAUUUAAAGUUAACCUAUUAUUAUUACUUUAUUACUUACGCUUGUGAUUUUCUUUGGCCUGUUGACUGUUGUCGUUGAAGACUUUGACUUGCGUUUAACGCCUUGUUUGCAACAGUGAAUUAUAUAUUCAUAUUUAAGGUGUUCCAAAUUGGGAUCUUUCAUCUUCUCUGACGAUCUUUUAGUGAAACACACAUUGUGUUCUUUACAAAAAUAAUUCAAUUCGUCUUUAAAAGACGCAUAGGUGUCAAAAAUGCUGCCAACUUCCAUUUUUUAAAAGAAAGCGCGGCAAACUUGUCGAUUAUUAAGCCUCUGGUUCGGAUCAUGUUUUUUUUUCGAUUACUAAGACUUUCUGGUGCGAAUAGUCAUUGGCGAUGAUGGGUACUCGGGUACCUAUAGCCACUUCGUUUUUAAAAAACUCUUAUAUAUUUUAUGAUCUUGGGAAAUCUUGGGAAAUUUGUUCACCAAAUCUUGGGAAAUUUUAAAAAAGUGAGUGGCAGCCCUGCUUUAAAGGGGAAUAACUCUCGACAAAAAGUUUAACUUUACGCAGACAUGAAUCUAAAAAAAAAUAUUGUAAGAAUUUAUGUUUACAAUGAUGUUGACAAGUAUGUUGGCCCCGGGCGGUAAUAACCGUAGCUACGCCACUGCUCAGUAGUGAAAUAAGUGGAGAAAAGUAUAUUCUAGCACCAGUUUAAGUGCGACAGAAGUAGAAGUUAAUAAGCAUUAUAUAAAGGAAUGCGAAUGUGUAGUGAACUGUAAAUGUAGUGUAGGUCACCAAUAAAUAAUUCUGGUAAAAGUAAAUUUAUUAUUACAAUAACAACCAAAUAACUUAAUAUUUUCUAAACUGAAAAAUAUAUUGUUUUCUGUGCCUGAAAAACAUAUUUAGAUGACAAACAGAACUCAACAGUCACUGUAGGUCUGAUCUGAAGGCAGAAAUAUAUAUCAUAUUUAGGUAUAAUUAUAAUAUAAUUUGUUGUCACUGUUAAUGUUAAAAUCUGAACACUGAAACUGAAAGUCAUGUACAUUUCAAUGAAAUAACUCAAACACAGAGAUCAGUUUUAUUAAUGACACCAUAACAUAACAAUGAUUUCCCAUUGUUCGUUUUUAUAGCGGGGCACUUGUGAGUUUGAAAGGGCACACAAAUACUUUAUUAAAAAUAAUUACGUUUAUUUAAAAAAAAUUAUCUUUUGAACCCAUCGCUGCUAUAACAAUAAAAAUAAUUAUAAUAAAUGUAUAUGCUUCUAGAUGCAUAACCCUUUAAGCGUAAAUAAAACGUAGUCAUACGUGUGGAGCACGGAAGAGAAAGAGAACUGCAGAGGUGACAAAGAAAACGUGUAAACUUGCAAAAUUAACAUCUUGCUGAUUAAUAUAAUCAGAACAGACGUACUGGCAUAAAUUUCUAACACAUGUGGUUUCUGUUGUUCGCUUUCUUGCCUCCAGAGGUUUGGCAUUUCGUAAAGAAAAUCAAACUAUUGGCUCAGUAAACAAUGGAAAUUAUUUAGGUAUAUAGAGCUGUUGAGUGAAUUUGACCCUUUUUUGGAAGAGCAUCUCAAACUAUAUGGAAAUGCUGGAAAGGGGAACGCAUCAUAACUGUCGGAAUUUUUUCAAUGGUAUGACAAUGCUUCAGAUAUGUCUGGAUGCUACACUGGAUUGCUGGCACGGAUAUGUCAACUGAACGAGUUUGCCGUGUAUGUCCCUUGUGCUGGACACAGCGUGAAGCAGCAGAGUGUUGUCUACAAGUUGGAAAAUUCUUUGCUUUGUUGAGGACCUUUAUACCUUUUUCUCAGCUUCUACACAUCAAUGGAAUGUCCUGGUAUCUUCUUUAGGAAAAUCUCUCAUUGUCGUAAAGCGUCUGUCUAACACAAGAUGGUCAGCACAUUUUGAUGCCGUCCAUGCUCUGCAUGAAGGUUUCGAAAAAAUUCAAGAUGCUAUGAUUCUAUAUCAGCUGAUACUGAUUAGGAAGUGAUUGCGAGGUGUGAGGCAGAAGGACUAAGAAAGAAAAUGGAGAACCUGGAAAGAUCUUUCUGACAAUUCUUUGGAGCGACAUUCUGGAAAGUGUGAACAAAACAAAUAUGGGCAUGCAGUCAAAAGAUGCUGACAUGUAGCCAUAAAACUCCUUGAGUCUCUGAAAUCCUAUCUUCAAGAAUUUAGAGAAAAUUUAGUAGUGUAAGGCCAAGAGAAGGUUCCAGAAUUGAAGUUGAGUGAUGGUAAGAAACGGAAACCAAAUCGAAGUUUCUGUCUAAGUAGAUAUGAUGGACCAGACGAUCUAUCUAAAUAUGAUAAAAGUGAAAGUUCAAGAUCGAAACUUUUCUCCCUAUUUUGGACUCCCUGAACUCUUACCUGACACAACGUAUACACGCUUAUUCUUGGAUUGGAAAUCUGUUUUCCUUCUGUACGAAAUUAAAAACAAUUGAUUCGAUGAGCUAACUAAAAAAGUGUGUAGAUCUAGCUCAUAUGUAUCACAAAGACCUUAAUAAGGAUGACCUAUUAAAUGAAUGCAAGCAUCUCAAGAACUACUGGGUUCUUGAUGAAAAUUGUGACACUAUCACUGCUUUGUAGGAACAAACGAUUAUGUUGAUUUAUAUUACAUAAUUUAUUUUAUCUAUCGUCAAUAAGGAUAAUUUAUCAUCCUCUGUGAUUAUGCAUAGUUUAUUUCUGAAAAUGUUUUAGAACUAUUAUUGAUUUUCUUUUUGGAAUCAAUAAAUUGAAUUCAUCGAAGUUUAACUUAUUUAAUGUUUAUUUUUAUUUUACAUUUUUAUUCCUCUUGGUGAGUUGGUGGGGAGCAAGAACUGUUUGCCCCCCCCCCCCCCCCACUGUUUGAGCAUGGGGCAGGUGUUCCCUUUCGCCCCCCGUCUCACUGCCCAGAUGUGUUGUGUUGCUAGGGGGGCCCCAAUGCAUUGCUAUGCGCAGGGCCUCCUAUGUUGAUAAGACGUCCCUGCUUGCAAGGAAUUUUAAAUAUAUUUUAUUAUAAUUUAUAUGAUUAAUAGUAUAUGAUAUGACUUAUAAAUAAUAAAUAUAUAUUAUAUUAUAUAUAUAUAUUUAUAUAUAUAUAUAUAUAUAUAUCAUAAUAUAUGCCAAAUGUCCAUGGGCAAGGGAAGAUCUGAAUGAGCAUAACAACCAAUUUUCUCUUUCUGUUAUUAGGAGAUGAUUAUGGCACCCCUUCCAAUAGCAAGAUCAAGUUUGAUGACAUCGUUCAGUUGCUGGGUGAGUUUGGAACCUAUCAGAAGCGGGUCUACUUUCUGCUGUGUCUUGCUUCCAUGUCUUGCGGUAUCCAGAUCAUGGUGUCAGUCUUCAACAUGGGGCACCAGGACCACAGGUCAGUGGAUUGAGCCACCAGGAACACAGGUUAUUCAAUUAAAAGUGCUUUAUAACAUGGAGCACUUGAAAUACAAACCAGUAGAAGUAGAUUUUGACAUUGGGGGACUUGAAAUUAUAUUGGUCAGUGGAAUAGGAUUUUAACAUAGGGCUAAGGCAGGGGUCAGCAAAUCGCAGCUCGCGGGACGUAUGCGGCCCUUUAAAGACCUGAGUGCUGCCCAGCCAGUCGGCCGAGAAUUUGUUUUGACCCCCAAAAACAUGGUUCUUGACAGGUUCUUGAAAAUAGAUUUGGCUCUCAAAAAAAUUUUAAUCGUCCUUCUGUUGAUUUUUGGCUCUUUUGAAUAAUGAGUUUGCAGACCACUGGGCUAGGGCACUGUCAGUGGAAAUUUAGGUCAGUGGAGGCAUUGGAUUAGCACACGGGACACUCCUGAAAUGCAGAUCAGUGAACACAGAUUAUAUUAUGGGGCACUUGAAAUGCAGAUCAGUGAACACAGAUUAUAUUAUGGGGCACUUGAAAUGUAGGUCAGUGAACACAGAUUAUAUUAUGGGGCACUUGAAAUGUAGGUCAGUGAACACAGAUUAUAUUAUGGGGCACUUGAAAUGUAGGUCAGUGAAGUAACAGUAAACAAAACAUUUUCUUUGCCAUGUCGCCUCACCUUCUAGAACCUACUUAAAUGUUACAUACUCAUACAUACUCCUGAGAUGAUGAUAUCCUAUCUUAAAGGGCACAUCGGCAGGUCCAGAGAAAGACCAGAGAGUGGUGGCUUACUUAAUAGAAAUCAUGAAAUUAACCAUUUAUUCAAAUUAUGUGAUUCAUACCAAAUUCAUGUCUACAUUGCAUUUAACCUUUUUGAUGAACCAUCUACCUUUUAAGGGAUCUAUUUAUUACUUUAAUACUUUGAUCAGAUGUGCUGUCCCUGACCUGGCCAAUGACAGCUUUACCAUCGCCAGCGAUCAUCACUACAAACUCGUCAACUCUUCCAUUCCAAGAGGGGAUUCCAAGGGAAGCUACUCCGAGUGCAGCAUCUGGACAGCAGAUGAAGAGACGGGUAAUCGUUCUUUGACGAGCUGCAAAAAGUGGGUCUAUGACGAUUCCCUGUUUCACUCAACCGUCAUCUCCAAAGUCAGGUUUCAAUUCAAAUUUUUUUUUUGUGCUUAAUUUUAUCUCCUGAUUUUAACAGAUGGCAACUUAAAUUCCAGCUGACAUCACAUUUCAGUAUAAGAUCAUUUUCUUUAUAUAGCAGUGUGUCGCAGUAUAAACUCCUUAUUUAGCAAACAACCAGCAAGAACAAAAAAAACCUUAAAAAAAUCCAGUCUUUAUUGCUGUUUUUCUUUUUGUUUUUAUGUUGUGACAUUUUUAAUGUAACUUUUCUUUCCUUCCGUGUAGGAACACAAUAACAAAUUUCCCCCUAGGUGAGGCUCGGAAUAAGAAAUUUGAUUUAUUUCUGCCGGGUAAUACUGUACCGGUAUGACAAAUCGUAAAAAUGUUUGGCACACAGUACUCCUACCACACCGGUACCCUAAACGUAGUCAGUAGAUGUAAAUGACAUUUAGUACGUCAGUUUGGAUGAAUAUGAGUUAUUGCUGCGAGCAUCAGCUAACACGUUAGGAAACAUACCAACUUCUAACAUAUACAAACUAUUUUAGCAUGAUUUAAAAAUAAAAUCUCUGAUUAUUUUUCUUUAGGUGAUCUUUUUAAACACGUAAUAUAAUGCUCUUUAGAUGAUCUUUUAAACACAUAAUAUAUUGCUAUUUAGCUAAUCUUUUUAAAAGCAUAACAUAAUUCCCUUGAGUUGAUCUUUUUGAACACAUGAAUUUUUUUUAAUCCACUUGAAUGAAUUUGGUAUGUUUUUGUUUCAUAAUUUUUGUGUUUUUCCCCCCACAGUUUGACCUUGUGUGUGAUCAGAAAAUGGCCCGCUCACACAGCCGUAUGAUUCUGAUGGGUGGUCUGCUUUUAGGGGCCAUCGGCACUGGUGUUGUCGCUGACAUGUGAGUACAUUUGAAACAGGCUCUCAUUAGCAGACUCUCAUUAGCAGACUCUCAUUAGCAGACUCUUCACUUGUCAAUUUAAGCGAAUUAUGUGUGUCACCAUUUUUGAGUGUACUCUCUAACACAAGUUGAUUUGAUUUCAACUGAUGUAUUUGUAAAGGAAAGAAAGCUAAUACAUUUGAAUUAUUUACACAUUUUCUUGCUAGAUUUGAUCCUGGUGUCAUGAUGUACAUUUCAAUGUCUUGAUGAUGUACAUUUCCAUUUCUUGAUGAUGUACAUUUGCAUUUCUAGCCAUUAAAUUCUUUAUUAUUAAUGAUAUUAACUAGACCAAAAAAAGGCUGUCAAAUUAUCUUCUCAUAAAACAUAAAGUCAUCCGUGGCUCUUGCUUUUUUUUUUAUUUCAAAUAUUUAUGUUUAAAAAAAAACCUCAUCUUUUCUAGAAUAGGUCGCAAGCUGGCUUUAAUGGGGAUGGUGGCCCUCCAUGCCGCAUCAUCCAUAGGAGUUGCCUGGGCUGAUUCUUUUGUGUUUUUUGUCAUCUUAAGAUUUUUCACUGGCAUAUCCAUCAGCGGACUCUUUUUGGCCAUUUUUGUUCUAGGUAAACGUUUAUUCAUUAAAAUAUAGUUUUUUAAAUUCACUUUAAAGACAAUCUUUUAAUGACUGUCUACACAGAUAAUCAGGUUUUCCCAAACUUUAUUUUUAACAAUUUUCCCUUUUCCAGGAAUGGAACUGGUCGGCCCGUCCAAGCGCAUGCUGGUUGGCAUUGUUGUGGAAGUGUUUUGGGCCGGAGGUGUCAUGAUACUCGGGGUCAUUGCCUACUUUGUCAGGGACUGGAACAUCCUGCAGAUGACCGUCUCGUUCCCAACACUUCUGAUGUUUUCAUACUGGUGGUUAGUGCUGCAUCCAUACUUAGUUAGAUGACAUGUCGGUAGUGGUUAGUGCUGCAUCCAUACUUAGUUAGAUGACAUGUCUGUAGUGGUUAGUGCUGCAUCCAUACUUAGUUAGAUGACAUGUAUGUAGUGGUUAGUGCUGCAUCCAUACAUGUCUGUAGUUUUUUUGAAUUUAAAAGAUUACCUUGAAAUUAAAGUGGCGAUGGUGUGGACUUGGCGGGACGAAAUCAGAAGGCCAGGGAUUUUCUUUUUCUUAGGAGGAUAAGUUGUGUCCCUUGGCAGCAAAUCACCUCACUCCACGCUUUUGGAUAACUCAAGGGAACAUAAUGUGUGGAUGGACACAGCUUGGCACCAGUAGCAAUUUUCAUUGUGUCACUGUCAUAUCACCUACAGGACUCUAUAACAGGGGGGGGGGGGGGGCCCCUUUUUGGGGGGGGGGGUGUGUUUUCAGAGUUUUCCUUCUCUUAGAUGAGUUGCCAUCUAAGGUUACUUAGAUUAGUUGCCAUCUAAGGUUAUGUGUCCCACCCACUCAGGUUUUCUGGUGGUGUUUUUUGUUUGUCUCGGCAUUUGCUGGGGAUUGAGUCCAAGUGUCAGGAUCGACUCAGUUUUGACCACUCGGCCACCCGGCACCUAAGCACCUAAUAAAGAAUAUUAACAUAUUUAAUAGUAUGUAUAGUGCGAGAUGUUCUGGUAUGGUAGCAAAGGUGGUUAAAUCCUUAGGCAGGAAACUCUUAAAAAUUUUUGAGUGUCAAAUCGGCUUGGUUAGCCAGAGUUAGUAAACUUGGUUCGCCAGAGUUAGUACACUUGGUUAGCCAGAGUUUGUACAUUUUAUUAACCUUAGUUAAUACAUCUGGUUGGCUCAAGUUAAGUGCACUUAUUUAGCAAAAGUUAAUAAGAUUUCAAAAAGGUUGCAAGACGUUUCUCAUAUGUUAUGGUGCUCUGUUCUAGUUCUAUGCCUGCCAUUAUAAUAAUAAUAAUAAUAAUAAAGUUUAUUUGAAAAACACCCUUCAUCCCCAAAAGCUCGAAGCGCGGUACAAAGUCAACCAUAUUAAAAAGAUAAAUAAAAACAAUCUAAAAUUUAUCACAUUUAAAAACAGACGCAACAAUAUAAAGGUACAUUUGAGCAUACCCAGUCAAAGUCUUUCAUUCCGUUUCAACCAUAAGCAACACAAGCCAAUAUACAUUAACUGAAAAAGAUGGUAGAUAGCAUCACCCCAGAAGGUGUUUGCGAAAUAGAUGUGUUUUUAAAUCAGUUUUAAAGGACUCUAGUGUCUGGCUGUUUCUGAGAGUGACUGGAAGGGCGUUCCAAAUUGUUGGGCCGGCAAAUGCAAAAGUGCGCUUUCCGUAAGUCUCAAGGCAAACACACGGUAUCGAUAUUUUGCCACUAUCGGACGAGUGGAGGUCUCUAGUGGGUACAUAAGGCGUCAUGAGUGCUUUGAGAUAAGAUGGCGACAGAUCAUGUAAGCAGCGGUAGCACAAAGUUGCAAUUUUGUUCUCUAUGCGAGCCCGGACCGGCAGACAGUGCAGCUCCCUCAGAAGUGUUUUACCAUGGUCGUUGGUUCUUUAAUGUAUAAUUGGAAGUGGCACUACACCAGUUCUAUAAUUUAAAGUUUGCUUAAAUUUAAGAAUGAGUUAAAAUAAUUACACUUGAUACAUUUCUCCAGGUUGAUUCCUGAAUCCCCAAGAUGGCUGCUGGCCCGGGGUCACAAUGACAAAGCCGAAGCCAUAAUCCGCCAUGCGGCGAAGGUGAACGGCGUUACCAUUCCUGAGAAGGUCCUGAAUAAAAUAGAGCUUGAAGAGGACACCAAGAAGGAAAGCUUGUGUCUAGCCUUCACUUCACCACGGUUCAUGAUACGUUUGGUCAUCUUAUGUUAUAAUUGGUGUGUUUGUCAUUAAAUAAUUGACAUCUGUGUUAACAAUGCAUACAUUUUUUAAGUCAUCUGUUCCAGGUGUAUGUACAAUAUUUUUCUGAAUAAAUUCCACUGCGGAUUAUAAGCCUCACCCUUUACUGAUUAACUACCAGAUUGAAAAACCCACUGUGGCAGAAUUAAAUCUAGGUCACAUUUUCUCAUUUUAGGUGUAUGUACAAAUUCAGCUGCAGUUUUUUUAAUUAUAAACAUAUUCAAAUGAUUAAUAAACCAUUUUGUAGGUAAUUGAAUUGUUUAUAAGAUAAACUUAAAACAUUUGUAAAACAUAGGAAGUUAUUAAUUGUUAAAUCAGUAUUUACAACAGAAAAACAGUAAAAAUUAUAUGAAUGUGCCAACUUAACGUAUAAAUUUUAAAUUCCAAAUCAUUUAAAGCCUUUUAUUUGGUGUUUCCAAAUAGUAAAUCCCAUAAUAAGAAAUAUGCACCAAAGAACUCAGAAAUUGAAAAUUAUUUACACUUCCAUUCACUUAUAUGCCUUUAGCAACCCUUUCACUUGUUGCCAUGGUAAACAAGUCGUACAAUUUUUGUAACUAGCUUGGAAGUUAAGUCAAAAUUAAUAAACAGCUAGUUUUUUAAAGAAAUUCUGUUGAUAGCAUGCGGUUCUAAUAGAAACAUCCUGUCAGUACAUUAAAAUAUUGAAGCAAAACGGGAACAGAAUAAUAUUAAAUAUUUGACUAGAUUUACUACGAUACAAACAUUGGCGAUAACGGAAGAAAUGCCGAACUGGUCCCACUGGCUCAUGGUAGUUAACCGGUUAAAGUAUGAUGCUCUUUAAAAACCAGGUUAUGGUUUUGUUUCAACAUCCCUUUCCUAGACCAUAUCCAUAGUUUAAAGACUUAAAAGUGGGGGGAUUGCGGCCUAUUUGGAACAGUAAUUAUAUGACUUUAUUAUGAUGCUAAUUUGGAGAAAAAGCUGUUUACAAUUAUCAGAGGGAAAUUAAAUUUUGGAGAAAAAAAGAAAUUAUUUACUUGCUAUAUUUUCAUUUUGAAAUUUUAAUUUUCUUUGCAUUAUGGAAAUAUCUGAAUUUAUGUGUGUGUGUGUGUGUGGAGAGGCAUGAAAUGUUUUCUUUUAUAAUUUUUAAAUUAAAUUUUGUUAUGACUUGUUUCUUACGAUGACUUGAAACAUCUUUGAUUCUAUGCAAAUAACAAAGCAAUAUAAUCUUUAUUGAAAAAUUACCGGCAUUUACUAUCCAUAUUUUCAGGUUAGUUAGUGCCAUGGUGUACUAUGGUCUGAGCUUAAACUCAGGGAACUUGGCUGGCAACAUUUACAUCAAUUUUGAGCUGAUGGCUUUAGUAGAAAUCUUGGGAUACGUCAUCUGCCUGUUAGGGCUCAACAGGAUCGGACGAAAGUAUCUGCACAUUCCCUGCAUGCUGGUUGGGGGCGGAGCCUGUCUGAGCACCAUCUUCCCUGUGCUGUACGCCGAUGCAAGUGAGUAGUGUGCAACAGUAACUUCAGACAACUCCUUAACAUACAUUUUUAAAAAGUAAUUAAUAAUUGGAUGAAAUGUUAAUACUUGCAUCAAACCAUUUUUGAAGUUGUGAUUGGUCUCAGAUGUUUCUAAAUCAAAUAAAUUUGUUGAAUAACAAAAACAGGCUUAGAGUGGAUCAACAUUGUGCUGGCUCUUGUGGGCAAAUGUGGGGCAGCCGCUGCCUUUGCCAUCAUCUACAUCUACUCAGCUGAGCUGUUCCCCACCGUGCUGAGGAAUUCCCUCAUGGGAGUUACCUGUCUUUUUGCAAGGGCAGGCGGCAUGAUCUCCCCUUACAUUGCAGAUUUGGUAAGAAAUACAGCUUACAUUUUGUUUCCUAUUUAAUCUCAACAAAUUUUUAACCCACGAACUGUGGUGGGCCGAAAAAAUCGGCAGACAUUCUCAUUCUGUACUGUGGCGGCCUAAAAAUCGGCCGAUAAAAAACACUGUCCGAUUGCAACUUCCAAUCUAAUAUUUAAUUAAAAAUAAGUCCUUUUUAAUCGGAGUUUUAUAUCGCUGUUUUAUUUUAAAGUUAAAAUGGUGCAAGAACUAAUAGAAAUAUGUUUGAAAGCUUUUUAAGAGAGAAUUUAAGGGAUACUGAUUUUAACAUUCCCCAUGACGAUAUCAGUUGAGAUUAUUCUUCUUGUGAAUUUUUUAAUAGUCUUAGUAAUACUGAAGUAGACCUACUUCCAUUGACUUAGACUUUGAGCUAGGCCUGGAGGUUGGGCAAGGACUGACUGAAUUUUAGCCACAGAAGCUACAGGUUUAGUUCAGAACUAAUAAAUUUUAUAGUUAAACAACCCAGAUAAGUUCCUCGUUAAAUGUUUACUAGUCAAUAAUAACUAUUUUGCCUGAGAUUUUGUACUUGGUUUCAGCUGUGGUCCCAGCUUCUUACAUAAAUGACCUAAAAUUACUAAAAUUGCUUUCAUAGGUUUAAUUGCAAUCAAAACCUUAGCAAAUUAUAUAUUUUCUAAAAGAUAAAUGAAUUGGCUACAACAUUUAGAUUUAUGUUUUAAGUGUAUCUAUAAAAAUUAAUGAUGUUAUGAGCACUUGAAAGCAAGACAUUUUGUCAAUUUUUUUUCUUGAGAACUCCCAAGGUCAAGAACACUGAGCAAAAUUUUUUUACUGGUUGGGCAAUAUGGCUCACUUUAUCCUCAUCCAUUUACCUUUCUAAAAAUAUAUAUUUAUUGGGGUCUUGUAUCAAUAUUUCUAUGUCAUUUAAUGCAAUUUCAAAUGGCACUCCAAACGCUCUGAAAAGCUCCACACCACAGAAUGAUGCAUGCCACAGUUUGUGGGUUAAUCACAUCUAUUUACCCUAUUCCUCUUUCCUCUGAAGGAAUGUUAGAUUUAGGCAACUAAAGGAAUGUUAGAUGAAGGAUACUAAAGGAAUGUUAGACUUAAACUACGAAAGGUAUGUUAGAUGUAGGCUACCGUACUAAAGGAAGUUUAGAUUAAGUCUACUAAAGGAAUUUUAGACUUAAGCUACUAAAUGAAUGUUAGAUUUAGGCUACUAAAGGAAUUUUAGAUGUAGGCUAUGGUGCUAAGGGAAAGUUUUAUUUAGGCUACUAAAGGAAUGUUAGACUUAAGCCACUAAAGGAAUGUUAAGAUUUAGGCUUUUAGUUGUUUUCUGGCUUGAAUUACUGUUACUUUAUCAACAAAUAUAACUGAAACUGAUAUACAUAUAUAAUUUUUUUUUCAAUAAUAUUUUAAAUACAAUUUUCUGAAACUGGUAAAGUGAGGAUCUUUGUAAUUUUAAAUAAUCCAUGUUCCGACUUCCAUCAUAAAUGAGUAUUAAAAAUACUUUUGCUUUCUAUGGAAAAUUUUCACCAUUAUAAAAAUUUGUCCAUUUCAUUGAAAAGCGGAAUGAAAACAAUGUUUUUAAAUUGUUGAUAAAUAAAAAUGACUACCGAUUUAAACAAAUAUUAUGUAUACCGGUAGAUGGUAAAAUAUGUUCAGUUAUAAAAAUUCGUCCCUUUCAUUGAAAACUGGAAUGAAAACAAUGAAAUGUGUUUUUAUAUUAGUAAUAAAUAAAAAUUACUAUCAUUAUAGACAAAAAAUAUACAGAGAUUGGCAAAUUUUUCCAGGAAAUUAACAUUAGCUAAAAUCCUACCGAGUUCCUGGAAAAGAAACAUUAGUGCAUUGCAAUUAAGUGUUCUAGAAUACGGUCCCCUCAGUGCAUAUUUUGAUUUGAUCUUAAUGAAUUGAUAUCGCCGGGCCCUUAGAAUCAUCCUGUGGAAUAAACUGAUUUUUCUAUAAGCUUUUUUCAUCUUUCCUUCAAUGUACAGAACACACUUGUGGAAGGCCAGUUUGGCAAGGCACUUCCUCUCAUUGUAUUUGGCGCCACAACAGUCAUAGGCGGAAUCAUGUGUUUUGCCCUGCCCGAGACACUGGACAAGCCCCUGCCGGAGACUCUAGAGGACGCUGUGGACUUUGGAAGGUACUUUCAGUAAAGGUCAUUUCUAAUGAGAAUACGCGAUUCAGUACCUGGUAACUUAAACACAUGAAUGAUCUAGCCGGAAGGUUUUUGAAAUUUAAGUUCAGAGCUGCAAGUCAAGGAUCUGUUGGCUUGAUCUAUUGGCUUGAUCCGCUCUCUUGAUCUAUUGGCUUGAUCUAUUCUCUUGGUCUAUUGGCUUGAUUUGUUUGAUUGAUCUAUUGACUUGAUAUUUUCUCUUGAUGUGUUGACCCUAAUUGUUCUCUUGAUCUGUUGGCUUGAUCUGUUCUCUAAAUCUAUUCUAUUGAUCUAUUGGCUUAGUCAAGCAUAAUAAAAAACAAAGGUGUCUUCUGCUUCCAUGGGCCCACGUUCUGGAACCAGCUCCCCUUCCAUGUACGUCAUAGUGAAACCUCGUCCCUUUUCAAAAAGUCCCUUAAAACUCAUCUGUUUAGGUCCGCCUAUGACCUGUGAUGCAUCCUCCUUGCCCUACCUAAUUUUCUGUUUCGGUUUAAUCCUGAAGUGUCAAAGUGUCCUCUUUUUAUAGCCAUUUUCAUUGUUUCUAUAGAAUAGUAGUUACUAUCCUAGUGUCUCAUUUGUAUUUACUUAGUUUACUUGUUUUAAUAAUUGUAAAGCGCUUAGAGCUUUAUGAUAAGCGCUAUAUAAAAAUGCCUAAAUAAAUAAAUAAAAUAAAGUAAUAGCAACGCCCAUUAAGUACUAAUAAAAACUUCUACUGAAAAGCAAUGUGCCAUUUUUUAUCAAUCAACUCAUCAGUCGUUCUUUGCGGUUUAAUAAAAUUUUACUCUCCUACGAAACAGAUACAGCACUGUUCAAAAUUUUUAAUAAAAAAUAUAGUUUAAUUUGUUUAUAAAAAAAAAGUUGUCUUAUUUUAAAGAUGGGGAACAAUUAUUAUCUUUUCCAAACAAGAAGUAAAGCAAUCAAUUUAAGUUAAAAGUUCUUUUUUUUAAAUUUUCUUAAAAAAACCCACGGUUUGUGAAUAACUUCUUUUAAACAGCUAAUUCAUUUAAUUAUUAAUUCACGUAACUAAUACCAUUUGUGCAUUGUUUUAUAUACCGGAUACAUGUAACAUCAAAAGCAUGAAAAAUAAAAUAUUCCUAAAAUCACGUUUGAACCAAAAUUAAGCUUUUCAAAAAAGCUUUUACUUCAUGGAUUUUUUUUUUUUAUGUUCCCCAGAGCCAGACAAGGAUCUAAGACGAGAAGAAAUGACAGCGGAGAUGUAUCCCACACGAGGGAUGACCCAGAUGCACAGUGUCAACCCCUAACUGAGAAGAUCUCAGAGAGUCCCAACGGUUUACUUUCCGAAACACUGGAACAAAGUAUUGUUUGAUGUUGGGAAGGUUUAGCCGAUUUGUAUAUUUCCACAGGAGCCAUCAAAUAAUACUACUUACUUGUAAUGAUCUGAGAAUGACAACAGUGUUUAUUUAACUGACACUCAAACUGACAGGGGCAGGUCGGGGCUUGUCAAAGUAUGGUUCCUAACGAAUUUGACUGUCAUUUCAAUGCUGUCGUUUGGUUUGUCUAGGCUGUCAUUUGGUUUGUGUAGGCUGUCUCUUCAAUCCUGUCAUUUGGUUUGUGUAGACUGUCUCUUCAAUCUUGUCAUUUGGUUUGUGUAGGCUGUCUCUUCAAUCCUGUCAUUUGUUUUGUGUUGACUGUCUCUUCCAUCCUGUCAUUUGUUUUGUACAGACUGUCUCUUCAAUCCUGUCAUUUUUUGUGCAGUGUAGAAAAAUAGCAAUUUAAUUUUUAAAGCAUCGUUGAUGGGAUCCAGUUGUAUUGAAAUUUUUUUUUAUAUGCAGUAUAUAAACUAUUAAAUCGAACAUCUGGACAUUCCUCUGAGCAUUCUUCCUUAGCUUGAUUCAAAUGUUAAAUUGAAUUAUUUCUUUGAUACACUCUCCCCAUGAAAGAAAAUAUAAAAUAUAUUUUAAUGCCUUUUUUUCCCUUUCAUUUUCUCAAGCAAUGACAUAUUAGACGUACACUAUAUUAAUAUACGGGAUAUAUUAUCUCAUUUUUUACAAUUGUAUCCUACCACGCCAGGUUUUUGUUUGACCUGGGCUCAGCAUUUCUUGGUAACUGUUGUCAAAGAUUGCUUUAUGUCAAAGAUUGCUUUUAUCAAAUGCUCUGCCUUUAAGAGACAAUUGGGUGAAAUUUAUACAAUUUAUAACCAUAUUAUGCAUAAAUGCUUCAGCGUAUUAAUAUUAAAAUGUAUGCGCAGAUCAUGUCAAUGAAUAUUUAUUUUGUGAAAAGUCAUGUUGAUAAGAAUUUGAUAUUACUUAUUACGUAGGAGCCAGCAACAGCACUUUGAAAUGAUUGAAGUAUUCAAUGUAUGAUUUUCUGUGCAUUCUUUUGAUGUUGUGUUUAAAUUAUGAUGUGAUAACAGUUAUGAGGCAAGAAACACCAAAAAAGUAAGAUUUUUUUUUUCUUAAAUGGUGAUAGUAAAAAAAGACCUCAUUUCCGUUUGGUCCACUCCCAAAAGUGCGCUCUUUAACCCGUACAGAUAUUCAUUUAUAAUGCUAUUUAUAAACCCCAAAAAAGCCCCCUCUGCACCCCCCAUAGUUUCUGCUACCAGGAAUGAAAUAUGAUCUUGGUCAAUGCGCAAGAAUGUAAAUAAAUUUGACAUUCAACUUUAAUACACACGCUGGAUAAUUACAGGGUUAGAUUUAUUUAAGCAUUCAAUAAUUUGUGUCAUAUGGUUAAUGGAAAAUUGGGCACAAUGCAAUGUUUUACACUUAACUUAUAGCUUGUGGUCCCUUUUUAUCGUCAUGUCUUUCCAUUUCAAGCUCCCACUUACCUAGUUCCACCAUUGCCUUCACACAGGUUGAACGCAUUCCUCCGUUUAUUUAUCCUUCACUACAUCAAUCCUUCACUACCCACCCCCUUAACAUGAAACACACCUCUCUAGUCUUAACAGAUUUUUAUAAGCUUCUCUGUCUUCAAAACUUUACAAAUUGAAUCAAACUUAUUUUUUAGAUUUUUUAAAGGUUACAAAUUAAAUAAUUAAUUACAAAUUAAAUAAUGAAUAGAAGCCUCAAAAAUUCAAAUGUUCAUUUUUGUGAGACUACUUUUCAUGGAAGGAAUUCACCAACAUUUUCUCCUAAAAUAUUCUACAUUCCCUAUUCUUUGAUUCCUGGGGGGUCUUGCAAUACAUGUGUGCAAAAAUAUCAGUUUGUUUUGUUGUUUAUAAUAUUUUAUUUCAAUUUUUAAAUCCUCUACAUUGACUUUGCUUUUGUUCGUGCGUUUCUUUCUUUCAGGCUGGGUGUACGCACAAUUUUUUUCAUGCCCCUGGGCUAUAUUAAUAUUCUAAUGAACCACCGGUUUUAAGACCACAGAUUUAUUUCAGAAAGACAAAGAAAAUAUUACGCAUCAAACGCACAACCCGGUAGCAGCAUCUAUUUUUAAAAGAAUCUCAUUUAGAGCAGUUAUUAGAUUUUAUGUAAUGAAAUCAUAUUCCCUUCAUCUCCCCCUGAAAAAACAGAUUUUUGUGGGGGCUGGGGAUCAAAAUUUGAAAGAAUGUGUUUUCACCAGCAACAAUUCUAGCAACAAUGCUAUGUGCCAAGUUUCAGCUUGACAGGAAGUGGGUCAAUUAGCCAUCCAAAGGUUUCACCAGCCGGCCACCCACAAACAAAAGCGAAGUUAAUGUAAAGGAUUUUUUUUAAAAACGAUUUUUAAAAAAAUGAUGUUUCAAGCUCAACUAUUUUUUUUCCUUUUCUUUUUACAUUGUCACAAAAUCUGUAUUUUUUUUAUAUUUUUUUUUGGUGUAACUCAUGGACUUCAGACUUGAGCAGCUUUUACCACAUCAAUGGACUAUCAGCCAAAUGGAGUUAAUCAUGGGUUCUUAACCUUUGUUACCCUCUACCCCCUGGGGUGCAGUAGGCAGUGCCAGCAGGGGGUGCGGGAGAAACGCCAGGGGCAGACCUAGACUUGUUUUAAGCUAUUCCAUUAUCUAUUUUAACUGGACAAGUGGAAGAGGG